AUGUCGAAACACAACUUGCCGCAGCCACCAGGAACUCUGACAAAGCAACACUCGUGGUCGCAUGAUGUGAAUCGCCACGCGGCUUGGCUGCGGAGGAAAAAAAAGCAGCCAGCGGAUCAUAUUCGUCGUACCAAGAGCGUUACGAACGAUGAUCUCGAGGAGCUUAAAGGUUGCAUCGAGCUAGGGUUUGGUUUUGAGCCAGAUUCUCCUGAUUUGAGCCCGAGGCUCUCGGACACAAUCCCGGCUCUUGAUUUGUACUGCGCCGUUCAGAGACAGUAUAGCAACCAUUUGUCUCGGACGUCUUCGUUCGCGUCGGAAAGUAGUGAUGUAAGCACCUCUAGCAACACGUCGAUUGUUGAUAAAGGUGAUGAUCGGAAGACGAUGAAGCAGAAGCUGAAACAAUGGGCUCAAGUGGUCGGGUUUUCGGUGAGGCAAGUCUCAGGGAAACCAAAAUGA